AAUAAGAUAACAACUCUCUUACCCGGUAACCUCUACCCGCCAAAAAAAAAAGGGGAAGGAAAAAUACAACCACCAACACCGCCUCCGUCAACCACCCACCGACUGACCGACGGCCACUACUUUUACCACUCCGGCACCGUAAACCACCGGCGGCCGUUCCUCCUAAUCUCUAUCAUUAUUAGGUAUAUCUAACCAUCAAUUUCUUCCACAUCAAUUUAUUUUAGCUUUCUAUAUCUAUACAUUUCAUCAAUUCUUUCCCCCAAUUAUAUACAUAGAGUCAUAGACGUAUAUAUAAUCAAUAGAUAGAUAUUACAAUUUGUAUAUAUAUAUAAUCAUACAUAUAUAUAUGAUUUAAUAUGAUUUGAAAUGCCUAAUUCAUCUGAAUUAAAAGAUACACAACUUCAAUUACAAACCCUAACCCUAAGUUUAACUCUGAUUCCUGGUCUUCCACAUGAUUUAGCUGCUUUAAUUCUUGCUUAUAUUCCUUAUUGUUAUCAUGACAAGUUAAAGUCUAUUUCUAAGUCAUGGAAACAGUUUUUUUCGUCUAAAAUCGUACACUCGAUUCGUCGUAAACUUGUUCCGGAUAGUAAAGUGUCUCAUUUGUUGUGUAUUUUUCCACAAGAUCCAUUAGUUUCUUCACCGUAUGUUUUCGAUUGCGAGAAUGGUGCGUGGUGUUGUAUUCCGCCUAUGCCUUGUAAUCCUCAUGUGUAUGGUUUGUGUAAUUUUGUGUCAAUUUCGUAUGGGAGUAGUUUGUAUGUGAUUGGCGGGUCGGUUUUUGAUACGCGGUCGUUUCCGUUGGACCGGCCGUCGCCGUCUGACGCGGUUUAUAGGUAUGAUUUUGUGAAAAGGAGUUGGGAUGUGAUGCCGUCGAUGAUAGCGGCACGUGGGAGCUUUGCGUGUGCUGCGGUGGAUGGGAGAGGUAGGAUUGUGGUGGCUGGUGGUGGGUCGAGACAUGCGUUGUUUGGUGCUGCGGGGAGUAGGAUGAGUGAUGCGGAGAUGUUUGAUAUUGGGAGGAAUGAAUGGGUUGCGUUGGAUGGGUUGCCUCGGUUUCGGGCAGGGUGUGUUGGGUUUAUAGUGGGGAAUGAGUUUUGGGUUAUGGGUGGGUAUGGUGAGUCGAGGACGAUUAUGGGUGUUUUUCCAGUGGACGACUAUUAUAAGAAUGCGGUUGUGAUGCCGUUGAAGAACGGUGGGUUUGGAAGUUGGAGAGAGGUUGGGGACAUGUGGGAAGAAGGGGACAGAAGCCAGCUUGGAAGAAUUGCAGUCGUUGAGGAUGCAAAUGGUGGUUUUCCUGGAAUUUUCAUGCUCGAUAAGAAUGAGAUAUUCAGGUAUGAAAUGACUUCAAAUCGCUGGUGGAAGGAAACUACCUUGCCAAAAAGAGCUAUAGAUGAGUCAGCGGUGGGGUUUGUUGCUCUAAAUGGUGAGCUACUUGUUUUGGCCUGUCACAAUGGAAAUGGUUCGGUAGAGAACCGAAGGUUGAGACGACAUAAGAGGUUAACGUCUCUCUUCCUACAAAUAUACCAUCCUGGUUACAAGAUAUGGAGGACCCUAAUCACCAAACCACCAGUUCAGCAACCUAUAGAUUUCAAAACCGCAGUUAUGUGCACUAUUCGUCUCUAAACUGGAUUAUAUCUUUGAUGCGCCUGAAGCAAGAGUAGUAGUAGCCUUAUAUUGUUGUAAAGUUUUAUUGUAUAGCAUGCUUAUUGAUAUUGAUACCACCAUCCAUUUACCAUCCUAAAAAAUGUAUGUAUUUCAGGGUUAUUAUUGUAUAUAAGAAAAAUAAACAAGUUUGUGCGUUA